GUUUCCCAAGUGUUUGAAACUGGUAUUUGGGUUUUCCACGUUGGACAAGUGCGGCGCGGCGGGCGGGCGGCGAGCGCGCCCCUGGCCGCUGCCUGCGCGGGCCUCUCCCGCCGCCGGCGUGUGUGCGCGCGCCCGCCCGCACGCGCCCGCCCCGCCGCCCGGGAGGGGGCCUGCGCGGCCGCGAGCGAGCCUCCGCCACCGCGGCCCGCGCCCGCAGGCGCCGGGGUCCCCGCGGCCCCGGCCGAUGUAGCGGCCGGGCCGGGCCGGAGCCGGCGGGGGGCGCGCGCUGUGCAUUGCUGCGGGGCUCUCCGGCGGGGGGCGGGGGGCGCAGGAAGCGGAAAGCCGCGCCGCGCCGCCGGGGAGCUGGGCGGUGAACCAUGUUGAGUCCUGCCAACGGGGAGCAGACCCACCUGGCCAACUAUGUGGAGGACUACCUGGACUCCGUGGAGUCCCUGCCGUUCGACCUGCAGCGGAACGUCUCGCUCAUGCGGGAGAUCGACGCCAAGUACCAAGAGAUCCUGAAGGAGCUGGAUGACUACUACGAGAAGUUCAAGCGCGAGGCGGAUGGCACCCAGAAGAGGCGCGUGCUGCACUGCAUCCAGAGAGCCCUGAUCCGCAGCCAGGAGCUGGGCGACGAGAAGAUCCAGAUUGUGAGCCAGAUGGUGGAGCUGGUGGAGAACCGCAGCAGGCAGGUGGACAGUCAUGUGGCCCUGCUCGAGGCCCACCAGGACGCCGGCGACGCGGCCGGCAGCAGCGGCAAAGCCGGCCAGGAGAAGUCCAAGAGCGAGACAGUCACGCAGGCGGAGAAGCCGAACAACAAGCGGUCCCGGCGGCAGCGCAACAACGAGAACCGGGAGAACGCUUCCAACAACCACGACCACGACGACAUCGCCGCGGGAACACCCAAGGAGAAGAAGGCGAAGACCUCCAAGAAGAAGAAGCGCUCCAAGGCCAAAGCAGAGCGGGACGCGUCCCCCGCCGACCUCCCCAUCGACCCGAACGAGCCCACGUACUGCCUGUGCAACCAGGUCUCCUAUGGAGAGAUGAUCGGCUGCGACAACGACGAGUGCCCCAUCGAGUGGUUCCACUUCUCGUGCGUGGGGCUCAACCAUAAACCCAAGGGCAAGUGGUACUGUCCCAAGUGUCGGGGGGAGAACGAGAAGACCAUGGACAAGGCGCUGGAGAAGUCCAAAAAAGAGAGGGCCUACAACAGGUAGCUGUGGAGAGCGAGCCACCGUGUAUUUAUCGCAUCGCCGCCUCCUGAGGCGUGGGGCUGUGAAUGUCUCUUUUUAGAGAACGCUAGCACAGGAGCCGUGGCGCGUGUGGGGUGCAGUGGCUCUCUGCCUUUGUCCGCGUUGGUACGCGUGUAACACAAACGCGCUCUGUGGGUCAGCAUCCUAGAAACGACAAAUAUAGGUUUGAGUUAAACACC